AACAAUUAGCAAAUAAACCCAUUUUUCUUUCAGUAGGAAAAAGAAGACCGAUUAUAACGUCAUUGACUCGAAGUGUGUAAGAAAGAAACUCUAUCUCCUCAAACAUUAUCAUUAUGUUUCCUCUGAUUGCAAUUGGUUUUAUAUGAAUCUCACUCAUCCAAUCUCUCACACUACUCCAACUUCAUAACAAAACUCUUCCAUGAAUAUCAGAGAGAAUCUAAUCUUCCGCUUCCUAGCAAUCCUUUUCCUCAUCGUCACUACCAAUGCAUCAUCGAUUCAAUCUUGCAAUCGAUCGUGUUUGAGCUCCUUCGGACCCGAUCGCUUGCCAUAUCCAUUCGGAUGCUCAGCCGGCUGUGAAAUCCAACUAAAUUGUACAGAAAACGCCGGAGUCUUCAUCGGAGAUUUCCCCGUCCAGUCGAUAAACUUUGAGAGCAUAAGAAUCAACCUCCAAAGCCGAUGCAACCGUCCCUUGCACACCCUCCACCAACUCUACAGCAAUCACCACGCGCCGACGUCCCGAAACGCCUUUCUGUUACGAAACUGCACGGAUGAUCAGGCCUCCAGCAGUUGCGAGAUUCCUAGUAUCCAGGUCGAGGCCAGGUUUCAGGCCCCACAGGAUUGCAGCAAAAAUACAAGCCUCAGUUGCUACGCGGAGAGCAAUAAGAAUGCUACGUUUUUGGAAUACGAGAGCGUCGAGAAGAAGGGCUGCAAGUACUUGCUGUCGUCCAUAUCGGCACAGAUUUUAAAUAACACGCAGACGCCGUCGGUGACGUUGGAUGUUGAAGUGGCGGAGUUGGGGUGGUGGCUGCCAGGAGUUUGCAAUUGUGAUAAACACGCCCAGUGUUUUCCGGUUUUGACGCCGAAUGGAAGCCACGGAUACAGGUGCAACUGCACGGAGGGCUUCGUCGGAGAUGGUUUUCGGGCUGGCUUGGGCUGCCGGAAAGCUUCACCAGACUGCAACCCUGCAAAAUUCUUGUCUGGGCAAUGUAAAGGAAAGAAGACCAGAAUCAUCGUUUUGAUCGGAGGUGUCGUUUUUGGAGCUUUUCUAAUGAUCAGUCUAGGUCUGUUGUGCUGUUUCAUUCGGCGGCAAGCCAAAGUGAAAGCCAGACACUGCACAAAGCGCCUGCUAUCCGAAGCUACAGGCAACUGCAACAUUCCCAUCUAUCCCUAUAGAGAAAUUGAGAAAGCCACAAAUGGCUUCUCAGAUAAACAGAGGCUGGGGACUGGAGCCUUUGGGACUGUCUAUGCAGGGAAACUCCACGCUGAUGAAUGGGUUGCCAUAAAAAAAAUCAAGAACAGAGAUGACACUAUUGAACAAGUCAUGAACGAGAUCAAACUCAUUUCAUCUGUAAGGCACCCGAAUCUUGUCCGCCUAUUGGGAUGUUCCAUUGAACGUGGUGAGCAGAUUCUUGUGUAUGAAUUCAUGGCCAAUGGAACAUUAUGUCAACAUUUACAGAGAGAGAGAGGUGAUGGACUUUCUUGGCCUAUACGUCUCACCAUUGCUACUGAAACUGCUCAAGCAAUAGCCCAUCUCCACUCUGCUGUUAAACCCCCAAUUUAUCACAGAGACAUAAAGUCAAGCAACAUUCUUUUGGAUUGUAAAUUCAAGUCCAAAGUGGCAGAUUUUGGUCUUUCGAGGCUUGGCAUGACUGAAUCUUCCCACAUUUCAACAGCUCCACAAGGGACUCCGGGUUAUCUCGAUCCUCAGUACCAUCAGAACUUCCAUCUUUCGGAUAAGAGUGAUGUCUAUAGCUUCGGUGUAGUCCUUGUUGAGAUUAUAACAGGAUUAAAAGCAGUGGACUUUUCUCGGCCACAAAAUGAAGUGAACUUAGCUGCUCUUGCCACCGAUAAGAUUGGAAAAGGGUGUUUAAACGAGAUCAUAGAUCGAUCUCUUGAACCCUUUAUGGAUGAUUGGACUGCUUCGUCGAUUCAUAAGGUAGCAGAAUUAGCAUUCAGAUGUUUAGCAUUUGAUAGAGAUGCGAGGCCUUCUAUGCUGGAAGUGAAAGCUGAGUUAGAAGAAAUCAAGUUUAGUAAAUGGCCACCAUCAGAAGAAAACACUUGCACAGCUUCAUCAGAGGAAUCUUCUUUAGGUUCUACAUCUAGUGUUAGUGAGAAACCUCUGAACACUAGUAAGUCACAAUCAGAGCGCAAUAUCUUUGUGGUGCAGACUAGUGCUGGAGCUGCUAGUAGCUUCAAUUCAAUGGAAAAGUUGAAGGACGAUUCACCAGUUUCAGUGCAAGACUCAUGGUUAAGUGAACACAGCUCAUCACCUUCAUCAAAUAGUUUGCUGAGCAAUGCACUCUGAGGUAAAAUUUUCGUAUAUAGUGCUUAGGUUCAUGUCAUAAUCAAGUUAGUUUCGGAUUAUAUAGUGCAUAUUGUUUCUGUUUUGUAAUUGUUAGUUGAUUACAUGGAAUAAGAACCUGUAGGCUGUUUAGUAUUGGUAAUAAGAGGAAAGUCUUUGAUCCUACUGUAAAUAUUGAUACAUUAAGAAGAUGUUUGUCUGGGAUUUUGGAGAUCUUUUUGCUUAUUUA